CUCCAAUUCCGUCUGGUAUUCCUCAAAUUUGACAAUUUUCAUCUUUUCCCUUUCACCCUCCUUAUUUUCCCGCACUUUCCCGGAAAAUUUCCCAACCAAAAAUCACACCCCUUUAGACUCCAAAUCCCCAGCCAAAUUAGUCAAAUUCACUCUACUCGGAAAAUUGAACCCAGCGGUGAUGGACGUCUCUCUCCUAUACGACACCGUUACAGUCGCCACCACCGCACAGGGCCUAGGGUUCGCCAAGUUCCUAAUUCGUCACCAUGACCUCACCUCCAACAACCAAAUCUCAAUCACCGACUCUCAUCCAGAUCAAUCCUCGCCGUCCAAUGGAGUCCCCCAGAUCUCCGCCGUUAUUUUUCCCGUCGACGCUGUCGCUCCGCCGCGUGUCAGGCCCAAUUCUCACAAAACCGCCACCCGAACCCUCCUUCGCAAAAAGCGUCGCACCAGACGGAGAUCGUCGAGCGGCGACGAUUUGAACGACGGCGGAGAAGAGGACGGUGGGUUUUUCGGCGGAGACGGUCCGUUUUUCAACGGAGGCUGGGGCGGAAGCGGAGGUGGUGGUGGGGGUUGGAAUUUCGAUAGAUUUGGAGGGCAUAAUUGGGAUGAGUCGUCGUCUUCUUCGCCGUCGGAUCCUGCGUUUGAUUUCGUGUACGAGGUGAUGUGUUGGAUUGCGCUUUCGAAUUGCGUGCACUUCGCCUUCAAGAGGGUUAUUCGUAUCGUGGCGGAUGGGUUGGGCGAUGCGGAGAGAGCGAAGGUGCCGAUGAGAUUGACUUCGGUCUGCUGAUGCGGUACCGUUUCGUUCUCAAUGCUUAACGUAUCAAAAAGGGGAUACAAAUCUGGUUUUAAUUUAUGUGUUGGUUGGGUUUACAUUUGAUGCUCAAAUUUGUAUAUAUUUUGUAUAUAUAUUGGCAUAAUUUUUAAAAAUAGAUGGUUUGAUUAUGUUAAUAAUGCAUUUUGCUUUGAAUUA